AUUCCCCAAAAUCUAAAUCUUCAUAUUAUGUCAUGUUGUGUCACCUAAGGUAGUACGGCAACAUACCUACAAUCCGCAACCAACAUAGUUAGCAUAGAUGGAUUCUUCUAGGAAACAGGUCGGUUUUACGGGAAGGUUUGGUAAAUUUUACGACAAUAUGUCGCACGCCCCUAAAAAAGAAACUAUUUUAUUUGCUAAUAUCUUAUAGUUCUAUGUUGUGUUGAAACAAUAUAGCAAAGAUGGAUAUGGAUGAUGGCAACUUUUUCACCUGGCAACGCCUCCCAGGUUCCGACCAUGUAUCUACUGAAGCGCCUCUAACGCCCGAUUCGAGUCAUGACCAGUCAUUAUUUGGCUCGCCGUCUUCGCAUUUGUACGAGGACGUUAUUCAGAGCAUCGAGGAAGAUGCCGAAGAACGUAAUACACACAACCAUGGAAACGACUUGUGUAUAGGAGAAAGCGAGAAUAUACCAAUAGACCCGGUACGCGUUUAUACGCAGUCAGGGACAUAUUUAGAGGAACCAGAAGCGAAUCCAUAUGCCGAUCAAGAUGUUGCACCAGAUAUACCGGCUACCGACGCGCCGAAGGAAAGACCUAUAAUCGUGGAGAUCCCAAAAUCGACCCUUAUACAUCCGAGAUCACAUUUUCAAGGCUUCGUACCCCCAGUUACUGAGGUCACAGAAUCAGAAGCUAUAGUAUCGCUUCUCGAAGCCGCUAAAGCGCAAGGGUCUGCGCAGGAAGGAUUUAUUGAAUUUGAUUUACAUGACUUCUCUGUAUAUUUCUAUUCUGAAAUACAUCGUUACGAACUUAAAUCUUUACACCAGCUUGCGGUACGACAGUAUACCGAUCAAUUCUAUUUCGAUGGGGUGCUAAGUUGUGGCGAAAUCCGGUUCUAUCUAAGAAAAGUACCUUUUCGACAUCUACCCGUAGGAAAUUAUGGCAGCGAGGAACAUACCGUUGGCGACCAGAUCUGGAUACGGUCGGCAUUGAACGAGAAAAGAGAUAAGGAGAUAUAUUAUAAACUAGGAAAUCGUUCGACCGAAUACGAAAGAUUUUACGAGCCAUUUCUUUGGAUCGCGAAUCUUACGAAACACGUUCUUGACUAUUGCGAACAUUUGAAGGAGAUAGGCCGUCGAGCCGUGCUAGAUGACUUCAAGUCGCAGUUUAGCAUUUGGUUGGUGCAAAAACAUUCCGAAUCGACCGCCUUCCAGCAAUGGCAUUCCGCAAAUCGAGGUACCAAUUUUCGUGGGGCGAUUAUCGCCAACAUCGAAUUUAUCUGGAAAGAGGCUUAUGGUUUGGAUCCGAAGAUCGCUACAUGGCAUGAGUUGUGGGACGAAGUCAAAGAUAGAAAGCGUUACAAACCGAAUCUGGCUUUGAAUCAACUACCACUUAGCAAAGGUAACGGCCCAGCAGCUUACAAUCCACUACAACGUCAAGCAACAGUCCGCGUAUCGCCAACACCCGUAACUCCGUUUGUGUACGAUUUAUUUUCUUAUAUGGUCUUCGGAAAUGUUCUUAAGCGGGAAACGCUGUCCGGCAACAUUGAAAAGAAACAAAAAGCUUUCGUGCAGAGUAGCCGACUAGCUGAGCACAAGAGCCAGCUCACGAUCAAGCGAGAUGAAACUGAUCGCGAAAUGUUCAUCUCCUCGAUUGCGGUAGGUGAUGUUAUAUCGACGAAACCAGACGACGAAGGGACAGAUACCCAAUGGAAGCAAACGAAAUCUAAACAUCAUGAAGGGGAACAUCUAUGGUUUGGUCUCAUAUGGAAAAUCCAUGAAUCAGUGAAAGGGAAACGUUCUUUCGACGUAAUCUGGUUAUACCAAUCAAUUGACACCCCCUGUGGUGUUAUGAAGUACCCCUGGAAUAACAAGCUCUUCUUAUCCAACAACUGUACAUGCCAUCAUAACACAGCAAAGAUACAAGCGGAUGAAAUACUAUCAACCCAUAGCGUUGAAUGGUUUGGAGGUCCUUCUACUUCGGCCGAGUUUUUCGUUCGUCAAACAUAUCUUUCUGAUGACUGUCGAUGGACUACUUUAAAGGAAGAGCAUUUAACUUGCGAAGAGGAUGGAUUUGACAAGAAACAACUAUACAAAACUGGCGAUGCCGUUCUUGUUGAGACUGACCCGAAGAUACUUCAACUAGAGACCUUCAUUGUAGAAGCAUUCUUCAACGAAGGUAACACCCGUUGUGUCAAGCUACGAAAGCUAUUGCGAAGACAGGCUGUAGAUAAGGAUGCACCCAACGCGCCACUAAACGAGCUCGUAUACACCGAUCAAUUCUUUGAAAUCUCUACACGUAAGAUUUUCAGGCACUGUCUAGUGAGGUCAUUUCAACCCGGGGAGAGAAUACCCACCCCGUACGAUUGCGGCGGAACCGGAGAUCUUUUCUUCAUAACACAUCAAGAAAUCAAAAAUAGGGAAGGGCAACUAGCUUACGUUCCCUUCGAUAUGAAUCUCGCACAACAGUUCAGGCAAGGAUUCGACCCCACUCAGAUACAGCUGCCGGAGAAGCUACAGGGCCUUGACUUAUUUUGCGGAGGUGGGAAUUUCGGCCGCGGUCUAGAGGAAGGCGGCGCAGUUACAAUGCGCUGGGCUAACGAUGUCUGGAGUGAAGCUAUUCAUACCUACAUGGCGAAUAGCGAGCCCGGUGUCUGCACACCCUUUCUAGGCUCGGUUGAUGAUCUUCUGCUUCGGGCGCUAAAGGGUAACGGCUCCAAGGUACCUCAACCUGGUGAUGUCCACUUUAUAUCUGCUGGAUCACCGUGUCCAGGGUUUUCCCUACUCACGAAUAAUAAAACCACGGAUACCCAAAGAAAGAACCAAUCCCUCGUCGCGUCCUUCGCAUCAUUUGUAGACUUAUACCGUCCCUACUACGGCAUCCUUGAGAAUGUACCGACAAUGGUGAAUUCCAAGCGUUUUCGUGAUGCAUGCGUCUUCUCCCAGCUUGUCUGUGCACUCGUUGGCCUGGGCUAUCAAACCCAGGCCAUGUUCUUAGAUGCGUGGUCCUUCGGUGCGCCCCAAGCCCGAACGCGCAUAUUUCUCUGUUUCACCGCCCCGGGCUUCCGAAUGCCUAAAGUCCCCGCACCGUCGCACUCACACCCGCCCGGCACGAGGUUAAGUACCCUUGGAGAGAUAUCAUGUGGCCGCCCUUUCGAUAGCCGAAAACUUGUGUCGACACCUUUCAAGUUUGUAAGCAUUGGAGACGCUAUCGCGGAUUUACCUAACAUCCAGGACGCCAAGCCAGACUAUUGCGUCGGAUACCCAGACCACCGGCUAUCGAUCGGUUACACAACACCCUUGCGUAAGCAGCUUUUUGCUAUUCCCACCCAGCCACGGGGUAUGAACUUUAGCAAAGCCUGGUUCGGCCGUCCAGGUAUGCCAUCGGUCAUGAGCGCAUCGGACCGCGAAGUAUUUCCUGGUCCCCCCAGCCAGAGGAUUAUGCUCCCUUCCAAGGGCUGGGGUCGUGUGGAUUAUAGUGGCCUUUUCCAAACGAUCGCGACGCAGUGUACGCCAACGGAUGCACGUAUCGGGUAUACCAACCAUCCGACCCAACUUCGGUCUUUAACCGUCAUGGAGAUUCGUCGCGCGCAAGGGUUUCGCGAUCAUGAAGUGCUGGUCGCCCCUUCAAAUUACCAGUGGCGAAUCAUUGGUAAUAGUGUCGCUAGACAGGUAUCCCUGGCAUUGGGAUUGAAAGUGCGCGAGGCGUGGUUCGGCACAUUGUUUGAUGAGGGGUGUCUCCCACAAGUGGGAGUAGCCAGUACGGCUGCAGAGACGGAGAAAGAUGAAGAGUUGGGGCUUGAGGUUCGGAUGGGGGAUGAGGCUGAGGUACCCACCGAAGCCAGGGUAGAUAUCGAUCUAGAGGCUGAAAUGCAGGCGCAAAGAUCCUCCCGAAGAAGCGAAACGGUGUUUACCGAAACAAGUGAGGAGAGGGUUGAAAUAGAUGCGAUUUUGGGAAUUGAAACGAGUACUGAGGAAGAACAGGGCGAAGGAGGAUAUUCGGGUUUCAGUGCCAGUUCGGUUAGUACACUGGAGGAAAAUACGUUUUUGGUGCCUACGCCACCCCCACCGAACCAAACUCCGGAGUCGGAGUCGGCGACCCCUGCUACCAGCGAAGAAGGGAUAGAGAACGGGCGAAAAAGACCAGCAAGCUUGUUCGUUGGGAUAUGGGCAAAGAGACAAAGGGCCAAUGAAGAUGAUGGAAACGGUAGAGAUCAUCCCGGUUUGGGGGCUUACUCUUGAUGAGAGUGUUAAAGAGGCUCCUAU